AUGCUCAAAAAGAAGUCCCUGGCUUCUUCCUUUUUCUGGAACUUUACCCCCAGUACCACUCCCGAACUGUCUCCGACUUCUUCGGAUAGUGACUCCGACGAGGAUAUGGAAUCUUCUGGCUCCCGACCGGUCAGCCUGGCCGUCUCGGCGGGAGCCUUCUGUCCUAUGCGUCCUACCCUCAACGAGGUGUUGGCCAACUCCGCCCCGCCACCCUAUACCCUCAGCGCGUUCAUGGCCUACCUCUCCCAGAACCACUGUCUAGAAACCUUAGAGUUCACCCUCGAAGCGAAGCGUUAUAGGGAAACCUACGAGGCCGUGGCCGAUCGUCUCGGGCUCUCCGUCAUCCCGGCCGAUGUCCCGGAAAGCCGGCACUUGCGUAUGCUCUGGCAGCGCUUGUUAAUGGCGUACAUCAUUCCCGGGGCUCCCCGAGAAAUCAAUCUCUCCAGCGAAGUCCGUGAUGAAGUCCUGUCACACCGUGACGCCACCGCGCCUCCCGCCCCGGAGAUCCUCGACUCCGCCGUGAAACGCAUCCACGAUUUGAUGGAAGAGUCCAUCUUCCUGCCCUUCCUCAACAGCCACACCACCUCUCCGGCCAUGCUUCCCCGAUCUGGUUCUCCCUUCGACGCGGAUCUAAGCCUGUCAACCACGAUUCUGGACGAAAAUCCCAUGAAGAGAGUGCGGUCUCGUGCCAAGCGUAUCUCUCCCAACUCCUCCACCAAGGAUCUUCCCGCAACCGCCGGCCGCUCAAGUUCGUCCCUCAGCGCCGUCCACGCCCUGGGGCAACGCACAUCCGGGAUCGUCCUCACCACAAGUGGCGACUCGACCUCCGGGGCCCUGACGGACGACUCAAGUCCGCAGUCCAGCCCGACCGUCGAGGAACCAAUGACGCCGCCGACCACCCCGCCCGGUAGCGAGCCCCAUAUCCCAUGCCACAGCCCCAAGCUGCGUACCGAAAACCCUUGGAAAAAGAUGGGCAUGAAGCUGGGCUUCAAGAAGCGGCACGGCAACGGCAACGGCAACGGCUCUCGCGAUCCCAAGAUCCUCGGCCUGGACGAAUAA